AUGCCGAACCCUGGCGGCCAACAUGCUGGCUCAAAUGCUGCGCUGGAGAGGUCCGUUUUCCCUAAUCCAACCAAGACAUCGGGUUUGCUUGUCGCAAUCGACUUCACUGUCGACCGCAAAGGAUAUUAUGACCCAAGACUGCGCGACCUUCGCAUGAUGCCCCAACCGCACCGGCCGAGACGGGGUAUAAUCCCGGUCCGGCUUUCACGGGGGAGGGAGAGCUCCACCUCCACCGCCAUCACGCGACCACGCCGCAGCCCGUUGUCGCCUCUCACCCUCCUGCUCUAUGCAGCUGUGUUCAUCUCGGGUGUGCUGUCGGACGAGAGGGAUCCCGUAGCGGACUUCUGCAGGAGGUUUGGACAUCAGACGGCCGUCGUCGAUCGGAAGUUAUACAUCGAUGGCGGCUUCAUAAAUUAUAGUCCCCUGCCAGAUAAUCCCACGAACUACACCAAUACCUUCCUAUCGUAUCAGGACCUCGACCAUAAUGGGUUCGGCGGCAUGCCACAGCUAUAUUCGAACCUGUCAAAGAAUGCGACAAUCCCUAGCGUGAAUGGAGGCAUCCUGUGGGCAGACGAUGUUAACAAGAAAUUCUACCUUUUCGGUGGCGAGUACUAUCAGACACCGCCAAACGAACUCGCCCUCUACGAGUACGACACGCUGAACAACGACUGGAACAUCAUCCAGAACCCGCCGUUGAGCCUGAACAGCCCGAGCUAUGGAGCGGGCGUGUCGGUAUCAGACCUCGGAGAGGCCUACUACUACGGCGGCUGGCUGAGCAACAAUUCCGUCCCCAACUGGACGGGGCCGCGCAUGGCAACGACAGGGCUGAUCAACUAUAGUAUGGAUCAGAACCAGUGGAGUAACAUGACGGGGCCAGACAAUAUUGGACGUGCAGAGGGUGCCAUGGUUUACGUCCCCGUGAGCGAUAGUGGCAUGCUGAUCUACUUCGGCGGAGUACAAGCCAAUGCGAAUGGGACUAUCACGGGCCAGCCGAUGGACCAGAUAUUCGCCUUUGAUAUCGCAAGCUCGAAGUGGUACACGCAACGAGCUACCGGGGAGGUACCCGCCAUGCGCUCAAAAUUCUGUGCUGGGGUUACGUGGGCUUCUGAUCAGUCGAGUUUUAACGUAUACCUCUAUGGGGGCGCCGGCAUGCCUCCCAACACUUCGGGCUUCGACGAUGUCUACAUCCUCUCGAUGCCCAGCUUCACCUGGAUAAAGAUGUACCCAGCGAACAGCACACUCGAGCAGUACCCCCACAACACUCUUACCUGCAACGUAAUCGACAACGCGCAGAUGCUCAUCAUCGGCGGCACAUUCCCUCUGGAUGAUCAAACCUGUGAUUCGCCUGAGCAAUUUGGGACCCAUGGCCUUGAUUUGGGUGAACAGAAUCCGGACGAGAGCCCGUGGUACCUGUACCGCCGCAAUUUAACACAUUACGUCGUCCCGUCACUGAUUUCCUCGGUGAUCGGCGGGAAUGCCCAAGGCGCAGCAACGAAGACCAGCCCGCAAAACGGCUUCGACACGCCGGACCUCAAGAUCCUCAUGGCGCGCAGGUUCACGGCGCCGGUCCGAGCACCCACCCGCGUUGUCUCGCCAACCUCCACGCCUCCAGCGUCGACAUCCCUGUCCAACGGCGCUAUAGCCGGCAUCGCCGUCGGCGCCGCCGUGGGGCUCACCGCGCUGCUGCUCGGCGCCUGGCUGUGCCUACGCCGGCGCCGGCAGCAGGACAAGGACGACUUCUCCAAGAUGCGCACCUCGUCCGUCGCCCCCAUGCGCAGCAACACAUACUCGCAGGGCGGCUCAGGCCUGGCCUGGAGCCCUGACGGCAGUCUGCCCGCUUCGGCCCCCGUCAGCCCGACCUAUGGGCCCGGCCAGUACGGCGGCAAUCCCUGGCUCCAGCAGCCGCCCUCCGGCGGCCCGCCCCUGAUACCUAAUUACCCCCAGGAGAUGCCGGCCAACAUCCACGAGACCGGCGUCAGCGAGAUAUACGACCAGCCACCGCCGCCGGUCAGUGCCACCGGGACGGGGAGCUUCGGCAGCAACGGGCCCGGCAGUCCCGGGUUCGUCGUCAGCCCGUACUCGGCGGCGGGCGGGGACCCGACCAAGUCCGGCAACGAGUACGGGUGGCCGAGCCCCGUGCGCGAGGGCGCGCAACCGCCGCCGCCACCCCCCGCCGGUCUUAUCAGGACCGCCGACGACGGGACAGGCAAUGUGUACGCCGCCGGGGGCUUCGGGCCGCAGGAGCUCAGCACCGAGCCCCCGCACGGCGGCGAGCACCGGGGCUCCAGCUGGUAUGAGGAGGGCCGGCGGCACGAGACGUAUUAUCACCGGUGA